UCACAACAUAAAAAUUAUAUAACUGUAUGAUCUUCUCACAAAUUCACAAUGACAGGAUGAUAAGAACAAUAUUAUUAUAUGCUCUAUAUGCAUCAUGUUCUUGUCCGGACCGGGACAACAACACUUGAGCUGAUUUUGUUCAGUUGUUGCUAAAGUGCUAUGAUCUGAUUUGCCAGUAUUCCGAAAUCUUUGCAUAAACUGUGUGGGAGUGUGACACACAUGCUAAACCUAGGCUACAAGCCAGCCUACAGACACGGCCCACAGGCUCUACAGUAACUGAGAUGGCGCAGGUAGAAGGAUUUGGUCAGGGCCAGAUUCAUCCGUGGCGGUCUCUCAUCACAGAACUGAUGCUCGACUUUGAACCGCACACACUGGAAAAGGCUGUCUCCUAUUGCAAAGACAAGCUUCCACGAUGCCUCUAUGCGAAAAUAAAAGAUUCUCAGAAUCCGAACCAGACUUUCUUCGACAUCUUGGAGAGUGUCUAUGGUGAGGAUGAGAUGAUUCCAUUCCUCAAGAAUCUCAUGGAAAAGAUGCAUUACCAUGCCAGUCAGGACUUUGGACUGGUCCCCUUCAAAGAUAGAAUAGCAGAAUAUGAAGCCAAGUUGAUGCAGUACAGAUUGCAGAGAAAGUCUAUACUGGGAAAAGAGAGUGACGAUACGUUUGUUGGGCGAGUGAAAGAGCUGGCUCUUCUCAGGGAGCUGUUGUUCAAGCCAGGCACCCAUGUAGCAGUUAUCUGUAUCACUGGGAUGUUGGGCAUUGGCAAGACGGCACUUGCUGUACACGCGUGUGCAUGGGAAGAUAGUGUCACUACCUACAGAAUUGAUCUCAGAGCAAAAUCUUCAGUAAACGAUGCCGCUUGUGCGAUUGCAUUGAGACUCAAUAGACUGGUCACGGCAGAGUUUGCCCCUCAACAACUACUAGCUGAGCUUCAGCUUAUGACUCAUCCAACAGUCCUGUAUUUGGAUAAUGUAGAUGAGCUUCUAAAACCAGGAACUAUCUCUAAACCAAAUACGCAAAGACAGGACUUCAAAAACAUUCUGACUGAGGCUGCAGGCAUAGCGAAUCCGAAGGUGAAGCUUUUACUGACGAGCCGGUAUUGCCUCCUGGACGAUGAGGACAGAGCGGCAGGCAGGAACACUGACGUUAGCAGCGACGUCGCAGGCAGACUCACAGAGAUGAAGCUGACUCCUCUAUCGCAUGCCGACUCUCUCAAACUGCUGCAGAGAUGCACCCACAUCAAGUCGCCUGCGCUGGCGAGUGCAGAGCUCGAUGGACUGGUUCAGAAGUGUGGCCACCAUCCUCUGUCACUGAAGAUGACCGCCGGCUACAUGCAAGCCGGCUUCACGCCCGCCGAGGUCGCGUCGAAGCUAGAGCUGUUACCGGGGCAACCGGAGCAGACCAAACACCUGGAGGAGAUGUUCGACAAUCUUCCGGAGAGUUCUCAGAGGACGUUGCUUCAGCUGUCGAUAUUCAGGUCGUGGUUUGAUAUAGAAGCAGCUGCAGCCGUUAUCGGAUGCCACACACUAGACAUGAAGUUUGAAAUUCAUCAGCUCAAGUGCUGCCACCUGGUAGAGGUUGACGACUGGGCUCGAUUGGAAUCAUACAGAGGUAGUGAGGGCAUCGAGGGUGAGGCGCGCUAUUGUUUGCACGCAGUCACGCGCACCUUUCUGUCUCACUUACGGAGGAAACCGGAAGUGGCCGCUCUAUUCACACAAGCCGAGCAAAAUUUCACCCAACAUUUCUGGCACAGGCUGGAGAAAGUUGGAAAGCUUGCUCAGGAUAACUGCCUCAGUGCAUUAGGGUUGAUAGAGAACAACAGAGUUCACUUUGACCAGUGCUUUGGCAUGAUGAUGAGAGAGGGUACUGUACCUGAGAUGGCGGGAAAGAAGGAAUUCCACAAACAAUAUGGAGCUUGCAUCGCAUUGGAGUUGUUUUUGGAAACUCCCAGGCGCUUGCAGCUAUGUCAGAAUAUAUCCGAGUGUGCUUUUAAGCAAGGCAACAAACUAACUUACAGCUUCUACAAGGCGUGGGAGGCUGAACAUGUUAUCACACAAGCUCGCUACGGAAAAGCUCUUCAAAUCCUUGAGAAGCCAUCCGGAGUGCUGGCUGAAGUGGAAAAGCAAUCAAGUUUAACAGAUGGUGGCAAAUUGGUGAAAGCGCUGAUACACUAUGUGAAAGGGCGGGCGCUAGGCUCCCUGAAUCGCUACAGCGACGCGCUAGUGGAGGUGAAGUCCGGUCUGCGCGCAUGCCGGGCUCUGUCGCGUCGCAGCUCCUUCUCAGCCCGAGUCACCAACCAGCUCGGACAUGUCUACUUCAACCUCGGCGAAUACUCGGAGUCCCUAGACUGCCACCUGAAUGCCUACGAGAUGCUGGUGGGCGAGACUGGCGCCGACCUUCAGCUGGACGCGCCCACCUACCUGAUGAACAUAGGCACGGGAUAUCAUCACAUGGGAACCGAUGCGAUUAAUGUGAGGCCGUUAGAAGCGAACGAGCAUUUCAGGAGAGCGCUCGAAUACUACGACCGCAGCCUUGCUACCGAGAAAAAGCUGCAUAUGGAUGGCUACGUUAAGACUGCUCUCACUGUGAAGAACAAGGCGAUGGUACUCUCUCACAUGAAGCGCUACGACGAAGCCCUCCCCAUGGCGAUGGAGGCCGUCGCGAUACGCAGACGACAUCUCCACGGCAAGCACCCGGACCUCUCUCGCAGCCUCAUCUUUGUCGCACAGAUUUAUUACGACGUUGGCCGGCGGAAGGCGAAGAGCAACGAUAGCUUGGGUUCGCUGGCAGAGUUUGAGAGAGCGGAGGCGUAUUACCGGGAGGCGGCAGAUAUCGAGACGACGGGCAGAGCCGACCAUGGCCUCCCUACGGCCGACUUCCCCGCCCUGAAGCGCGAAUACCUCGACGUUCUAAAACGCCUCGGCAAGAGCACCGACCUUCAGAAAGCGCAGAAGAUAUUCCUGGAUUUUGAGGCGAAACGAGAGCGACGCGUGCGUCCACGUAAGAGAAGCCAGGACAAGGCAGGUAGCCCAAGGUCAACCGAAUCAGGGUCGACCAGUAGCAGCAGCAGUUACACCACAAGCUCAGAGGAGAGCAGUGAAGCAGCAGCUCACACGACACCCAGUGAGAAGCCACACGACGCCAGCAUCUCCGAGGAUGCGGAGGAUCCGACGAAGGCCGGUGAAUACGACGAGAACUCAUCGUGGAACUGUGCCGUCGCGUGAUCGCACGUCCCGCUUGGCUCUACUCACAGCGACGCGCAGUCCAUCCCUGUCGUGUGUCUCCAUCUCCUGAAGUGGUGUCACCAUAAACGGGUAGAUGUUAUUAAUGUUUACGCCUAGUCAUUUGUUAAAGGAUACGUUCAGGUUGUAGGUGGAAUUUUGUCAAAAUUUCAAUAUCUAUUUUAUUUGAUAGAUGGCGCCUCUGGGCAGCUAUGUAUGUGUAGAUUAUUAUCAAGAGUAGAUUGUGUUAUUAUCUACUCUUGUUAUUAUGUAUGUGGUUUCCCAAACCAGUGGUAUGUGUACCUGUCGGCAACCCUGAGUGUAUCCUUAAUACCAGCGUUCAUCUGUAUGUUGUAAAUGUCAAGAAUCCUAAUCCAAGAUUGUUGAGUUUGAGAUGAUGAUCCGUAGAGCGAUACGGCCGCUGGUGAUAAUACGUUGUAAAAAAUGUAUGAAAAGUGAUGUGAUGAAAAGGUUGUGUAAUCAUGGUAGGGUAUAUGACACUUACAGACAAUUGUACUCAUCUGUUAGUCAUCGAAACUGCAGUGUAUCAUAAGAAAAGAUUGUGUACCUGAUGUUCUUUAGGGCAAAAUGGUCGUUAUUCACCAUUACUAACUUUCUAACAGCCCCAGUAAAUGUGGCACUACUAAUCGUUGGAAGAAAGGUGAACGAGUACCUAUUUAUGUAACAUUUUAAUUUUCUGAAUGAAAUAAAGAAGUAAAUUUCUGGUACAGAAUGAUGACAAAAAAGACGUGACAACUAUGUCAGUAUACAUGGUAUACACACAUUGGAUUAGUAUCAGGGGAAAAUUUGCCACUGAAGAAUAGUUUGUAUUGCUAUAUCCAUUUAUUUAUCCCAUGGCAUUCAUUUAAUAUAUUCGUAUAUACCUAUAAUGCUUCGGCAGAGUAGAAAAUGUGAACUCAUCGAGAAGAACUAUAUAUAAUAUAUAACUAUAUAACUAUUCUAUUAUAAAUAAUAUAAUGUUAUAUUUACAUCGGACAUAUUUAGCGUAUCAGCAAAGUUGUAUAAAACUAGAUAUCAUGUGGAUUCAAUGUUUGUUUUUAUUAAGUGUUCUUACUGCCAUUAGAAAUCAAUAAUAUCAAAACAACAUUUGUGCAAUAAUGAGAUUUCUUAACUGACUGUUAAGCGCCAUAGUGUAUGACUGUUAGAAAACGAGUCACUUUUUAUUGUCUGAUUCCAAUUUCUGAAUCUCAAGUGCGAUCGAGUGUUUAUAGAGUGUAUAUAUACUUCUUUUACCUACGUGUUUUCGUCUUGCGUACCAUUACAUCAUGAAGGCAAUGCACGAAUAAAUGCUAUUUGAUUAAAUCGUUUGCCGAAAA